AACAACUGACAUAUUUUUAUUUUAUAGAGUUGAUAUGGCGAACAUGUUAGCAAACAGUUGUCUGUUUUUAGGGGUGUAAAGAUGAACUGAUCUGUAUUAGAAAACCAUCACAGGAGUCAGAGAUUUGACCAGGUUGAUACACAGCCACAUGAAAUUCAGAAAAUAAUCGAUGUAUCGAUAUAUAUAGUCAAAACCGAUAUUUCGAAGUAAGAAAGGGGUAAGACCCGCCUCUUCCUGCUAGCUUGUUUGUUCCCCAAUCACAUACGUGCUUCACAGCAUUCCCACAUGUUAGCAGGUUAGCAGCUGAUGCUACUUCGCCCGUGAAGCCGUGUGCAGUUUUAUUCACGCGGACAGGCGGCCGCACAGUGCUGCUGAAACAGGAGCAGCCUGCAGCAUUAGUGAAGAAUCCAUCCUCCGCAGCGACUGGACAACAUGUCGUCCAGCGUAUCACUGCCUGUGUUUGUUUGUGUGGAAGAAGAUAGAACUUUCUGGGGCUUGAAAUAAAAAUGGAGGAAAUAUGUGAUUGUGUGGGAAAGGCAUUGGUGAUAGUUUGUUUUUGUUUUAUUUGCCCAGGUUCUGAAAUAUCUGUCUCUAAGAUUUCUCCAUCCACCCCAGUACAACGGAGGUGAAUGGAAUUUUGUGUAAUAAUGAUUUAAUAACAAUUUCAUAGGGAUGAUUUGUUGGGUAGAAAGUAGUUCCGAUGAAAACUGUUGGAUUAUCCAGAGGAACCAGGACAAUGAUUCCGAAAAGACACUGCUUGAAUUUUUUAAAUAAAAAAUACUGUGAGCACCACAAAUGAAAUUCCACUGACGUCCAUUGUAUUUGGGUGGAGGCAGACAUCUCAAAACCAGGACAGAUGCAAAUGAAACUAUCUGCUUGGCUAGAUACCACCAGAGGUAAUUGAGAAAAUGUGUGUGUGUGUGUGUGUGUGUGUGUAAACAGGUAUUUUCCUCCUGGUCUUUAUACUUCUCUGCUGCUGAAUACACAAACUUUGUAACCCAGUCUCUCACAGUUUCUCCUUGAAAUAGUGUGACCCCGUGCAUGACACUGGCCUCUGACCUGGUCGAAAAGACCAGAAAAUGACAAGUGCACGUGCCGAACUGAGCACUGACACAUUUGAACACAUUAAAUCAAAAUAAAAUGAUUUACUGGGUUUAUAAGGACUGUUGUUCUGUAUGCAUGUGUGCCUCUGAGAUGUGGUUGCUAUAAAAGCCUUUUAUUUACUUAUUUGUUGGUUUCCUGUCAUGACUAUCUCAGUUAUAGUCCGGGGACAAACGUCCGUGGGCAAAAAGGUUCAAACAAAUAUUUUUACUUGGAAAACCAAACUGUGACUUUGGUUGGAUCUCGACUGGAACAUGUGGACCCGGAAAACGAACUGGUUUUUCGGAAGUCCCAGCUCUGGGGCCUGAAAUGAGGACAUUCCUGUUAGACAGCCUGGGUGGAAUUUGAAUAGUUCAGAGGAACCGCCUGACGCUGAUUGGUCGAGAACCACAUAUUUCGAGAGCGCCAGUCUGUCACUCAACAGAUCCCAGGCAGCUGAUUGGCUCUUCCUGAAGAGGGCGGACUCUCUGGCUUGCCUAUAUAUAUUUAUAUAUAUAUAUAUAUAUCUUCUGGUUUCAGGCCAUCUGCAAAUGAAUGCUGGCUUUCAGAGGGAGGCGGAUCUCUGUGUCCAAUGUUUCUCCACAGAGCUGACUUGAAGCGCUCUCCUCGAACAAAACGAUUCCCACUGAGAGAGCUGAGAGUCGGGUUUCGUCUCCCGGAGAGGAGCUAGAGGUGGACCGGGGCAACAGAAUAAUGAUCAACACCAUGGAAUGCGCAGCAGACGCGCAAAGCCUGAUCUCCAUUUCCUUAAUGAAGAUCCACAACUCCAGGACGCAGAGGGGGGGGAUCAAGCUGCACAAAAACCUGCUGGUCUCCUAUGUGCUGCGGAACGCCAGGCAGGUCUACAUCAAGGAGAAAUACGCGGAGAUAUACAGGAUGCAGCAGUACGAGGAGGUGAUGACGGUCUGCAACGAGAUCCAGGAGCUCAACCCGCUGGAUCUGGACUCAGAGGACGCCGACGAUGGGGAGCGGGCGCAGGCUGCUUGCUGCGGCGAAGAGGCGAGUGUGUGCGGCUCUGCGUGCCACCGAGGCGCGGCUCAGCCAGCGGCGCACGCCCGGACGGCGAGCGCUCUCCCCGGCUGCUCUCCCCUCGAGGACGACAGCAAGGAGCCGGAGCCGGAGCCGUCCUACUACCGAAGCUGCUGCAUGGAGGCUUCCCCCGUGUCACACCGCGAGCCGUUUCCUGCAAACAGCAGCGCGCACUGCAACAAAACCACGGUGCUGGAUUUGGACACGCAUGUGGUGACCACGGUGGAGAACGGCUACCUCCACCAGGACUGCUGCUGCGACGCGCUCCAGUGCGGCCAGGGCGCGCAGUCCGCGGCCAGGAAACGGAAGGUUGAGUUCGGCUGUUGUAUUUCCGACGCCGAAGAAGUAUCGGAUUUUACAGCGGCUCGCAAAAGGGCCAAACGCGAGGACUGUUCCUACUCCAACCUGGACUACAUGGACACGUCCAACAUCUCCAACCUGAUCUCCAUCUUCGGUUCGGGGUUUUCAGGGCUGCUGAGCAGACAGGCGGACUUGGAACAGAUCUGUAGCAAACAGGUCCUGGCCAGUCUGGGAGCAUGGACCCGGGCGAUUGUGGCUUUUUGAUCUAACACUUUAUUUUAGGGGGGACCAGGGUCAGUUGUAACACGUCUUUCCACAAAGUAGGCCUGUUAGCAAACAGAAGUUUGUUCUGAGCUCAGGAGAAGGUUCCUGUUCCACAUCUCCAACAACUUCGUGUUGAAAAAGAUGUCCAACCUGAUAUUUGUGUACCUUCGCAUAGUAACACUAUGAUAUUAGGAACACUGAGCAAAUGUGCUGCGGAGACAAGAGUCAGUGAUCGUUUCUGAAACCUUCCAGGAAUGUUCUUAGGCCAAGCAAAUCAGACCAAAACGGUCCAGAAAAUAAAUGGGAACCUUAGGGGAACGUUACCCCUGCACAGUUUCUAAAGGACGGUUCCACGUCCUCUGGAUGCGUUCAUGUGGUACUAUCUAACCCUCUUAACUUCAUGUUUGAACCUAAUACAUAUUCAUUAUUCAAUAUGUUAAACACCAACAAGAAAUUUGGAACAUUUAGCUAAAUCAGUAUUAGCAUGCGUUUCAACCGACCCCCCAGGGUCAGCCAUAGUAAAACGCCAUGUGCUGAAAUCACAACUAUGACAUUAACCGCAGUACAGACCCGUAACUAAAGACAGACAUUCAAAAUGUACAGCAGAUAAAAGUAUCAAGGAUUAUACCUCAAAGCACACCUUUGUCUUAAAAAAUCAAUACCAUGUGAGUGCGGUUCACUGGUGUGCACUGGGUGACAUCACUCACACUCGUUUCUGAUUGGAGGAAGUGGAGGUGUUACAAUGGAACCCGGUCUCCCCUGCAAGGUCUAAAUCAACUUUAUUUUUGUAGGAAAAAGAAAAGCUAUUUAAAAACUGAGCAUUUGAAUGACAAUAGUUGUUGGGAGAGGAGAGAGUUUGUACAGGAGACACGCGUCUGCAGAGUACACCUUUGUGGCUGAUGAAAUGGAGUGACUUCCUUUGCCUUAAAUCCAGUGCACACACUGCGAGCUGUCGUCCCGAACUGAGCGUACACAGACAGUGACUGGACGCGCCUCCUGUCCUGGGCUGAGGAGCCUUUUGGAAAAACCCCUUCUCCGGUUUGAAAUGGACCUUGCACAUUCUGAGCAGUUUGUUGUCACGUGAAACACCUUCAAGACUCCCUCCUCAACACUCUUUAGGUACAUGGACUGAACCAGCUCGUAUCACUUAGUGGAGUGCCAACGCUUCCAUUCUGUAACCCUUUCUGGGCUGUUGCUGUGGCCAUCGCUUCACCUCCUCUCCCAGUGUGUGACAGUAAACAGUUUGACAUCCUCUCUGAAUCACGGUUGUUUCUCAAAGACUUCACAGCAAUUCAUAAUUCCAACAUGUCUUGGUUUUGUGAGUUUUACUUGUUUUGUAAAAGAAUGAUCUUAGUCCUUUUGUUUUAAAAAGGCAAACUCAUGAUUUAGCCAUAACCUGAGGAUCCACGCAUUAGCUUUAUGAGCACUAUGUGUACCAAAAUAAAGAGAGUAUUCAGCCAUUCUCUACAUAUUUUGUUGUUAUUCUUGUAUUUUUGUGCUUACUAAAUUGUAUAUCACCGGGUAAAACUGUUUCAGAAAAUAUUUGUUAAAAAUUUAUAAUCUUAAUAAAAAAUGAAAACCUUAA